AUGAAGACUGCUUUAAUUUUGCUCAGCAUUCUGAGUAUAGCCUGUGCUUUCUCAAUGAAAAAUUUCCACCGAAGACCCAAAUUCGAGGAUUCUGAAGAAAAUGGGGUCUUCAAGUUCAGACCACGGUUCUAUCUCCACAAGUAUGGCUACUUUUACCCUCCUCUAAAACGAUUUGCAGUUCAAGGCAGUGACUCAUCUGAAGAAAAUGGAAAUGGUGAUAGCUCAGAUGAGGAGGAAGAGGGACAGGAGACUUCUAAUGAAGAAGAAAACAAUGAAGAGUCAAACGGAAGCGAAGAUGAAGAGUCUGAGGGUGAGAAUAGCACACUUCCUCUCACAACUGCAGACUAUGGAGAGAUCACACCUGGAACAGCAUAUAUAGGAUUAGCUGGAAUCCAACUUCCCAAGAAGAGUGGGAAUCCAGAAAAGAAGGCAGAAAACAAGGAGGAAAGUGAUGAAGAAGAAGAAGAAGAGGAAGAAGACGAAAAUGAAGAAAACGAGGCAGAAGUUGAUGAAAACGAGCAGAGCAUUAAUGGCACCAGCACCAACAGCACAGAGGUGGAAAAUGGCAACGGCAGCAGCGGUGGAGACAACGGGGAAGAAGAGGGUCAAGAGCAGAGUGUCACCGCCACCAGCGCAGCAGGAACCACGGCCCAGGCAGAGCAGGUCAGCGAGAGCUCCGGCACACCCACCUCUCUAAAAGGUGGGCUGGAACCUACACCGCCACCCCAGGAGGUCUAUGAGACCACCUCCCCGCCACUUGGAACAACCACAGCAGCUGAGUACGUGGGGGAAUAUGAGCAAAUAGGUAAUCAUGAAUAUGACCAUGGCUACGAAGUCUAUGAAAACGAGCACGGGGAACCGCGUGGGGACAAUUACCGAGCUUAUGAGGAUGAGUACAGUUAUUACAAAGGGCGUGGCUAUGAGGGCUACGAGGGGCAGGAUUACUACUACCACCAGUGAAGGGGGAUGUCUCUGCCCUGGCACUGCAGCUGUCGAAAAUUUUCAAAGCUCAACUCAGGAAGGUGCAAUAUAACAAAUGUGCAUAUUACAAUGUGGGACGGGGCUACUGUUCCAGAAUAAACUUCUG